UUAUGUACUGUAGUUGAUAUUUACUAUGUAGUAGCAGAGAGAAUAGGAGUUUAGUAAUCAUCCAAGGAAAAGAGCAGUUUAAUAAGAAAUUUGUUUAGUUGCUGGGUGUGUUGCCUCGAACUCAAUAGACGGUCGUGAUAUGUCAAUUGGAUGUUCUGUAUUGAAAAAGUCUAGCAAACUGAAAUCCACCAGAUUCACUUCAUCAGAUGAGGAUUCCAUGCAAACACAGCUGUCGAAAUCAAAGAAAAAGCAGCAGCAUCAACAUGUCAGAGAAAAUGGAAACAUAAGCAAACCUUUGCAUCCAGUACAACCAAAUAUGCGUGGUGGUCUCCGUGUUUAUAAAAUAGUGAUACUGGGGGAUGGUGGAGUUGGCAAGUCCGCUGUUACAUUACAAUUUGUGAGCCACAGCUUUUUGGACUAUCAUGAUCCCACUAUCGAAGACUCCUACCAGCAACAGGCGGUCAUUGACAAUGAAGCCGCUUUGUUAGAUAUCUUGGACACUGCAGGACAGGUUGAAUUCACUGCUAUGAGAGACCAGUAUAUGCGAUGCGGUGAAGGGUUCAUUAUAUGUUAUUCGGUAACUGAUCGACAUAGCUUUCAGGAGGCUUCCGAGUACCGCAAAUUGAUAACUCGAGUUCGACUCUCCGAGGAUAUACCGCUAGUUUUAAUAGCUAAUAAAGUGGAUUUGGAAUCUCAACGUCGUGUAACCACAGAGGAAGGUAAAAAUUUGGCUAAUCAAUUUGGUUGUCCAUUUUUUGAAACAUCUGCAGCCCUCCGUCACUAUAUAGACGAGGCAUUCUACACUUUAGUAAGGGAAAUACGCAAUAAAGAAAUACAAAAGAGCAAUGACACCAAUUCGGAAAAGUUGCAUUCUCGUCAUCGACGGAGCCGCUGGUGGCGUAUACGUUCCAUUUUUGCUUUAGUAUUUCGACGCAAACGCAACCUGAAUUAGUCAACACAUAAAAUUUACGAUAAUAAUAUUUUUAUGAUUCCCACAAAAAUUAGAGGGUCCACGUUAUGUAUUAUUUGUUAUAAUAUUUCAGGAAAAAAAUACAUUUUCAUAAUUUUCACAGAUCCUUAAAAUUAAAAAAAAAAAACAAACGUUCAUAUUUAAUAAACCAGGUGUCCUAAAUUAUAGAGCAAAUGACAAACAAAGUUUGUUUUUUGUCGAUUUAAUGAAAAACAUACAAAUAAAUGUUGAAUUUUGUGUAUCCUAGAAACUGAUAUCUAGAAUUACUCUACAUAUGUAUGUAUUUAUGAGAUUUGUAUCAGACCCAAACGCUUAUUUUUCGAGAACACAUAUAAUUUUGGAAAUAUUUUGUUUUAAUAUUUGCAGUGGUAAAAUAUCCUAAUGCCAUGUUAUAUUUAUUUAUUAUGUUUUAUAUUACCAAGUUUUUUUUGUUAACUACCGUUUCUUAUCUUCUUAAGAACUAAAAUUACAUCCCUUAAGGGGGGGUAUAGUUAAUUCAUGAAAAAAUCUGUAAUUUUUUAAGAAUUUCUAUUGGCGAUAUGGAUAGUCUCAGUUCAAUUUUUGUUUGCCAGUGUGAUAAUACAAUAUUAAUACAAUAUGUCUGAUAAUGUUCAUCCAAAAAUAUUGAAAAUUGAGUGAGAUACGGGCAAUCUCCGGCGGGACCUCGAAAAAAGGUGGUUUGCGGUGAACAUCGUAACUCGUCACAGAAUCAUCGGAAAUAAAAAAUUUAAAUUGCAUUAGGUGAAGGACAAAAUUCGCCAGGUAUCGCUGUCGCGUUUUUAUUUGUAAUUUUUUUCAAUUUUUAAAGGCACUUGAAAGUUAAAAACCCCUUUCUUCGCUCAAAAAACCGAGUCAUUUGUUGUUGUAAAAAUAAUAAAUUUAAAGAAAAAAAAAAUUCGACAGAUUUACCUGAAGAAUUCAGUGAAAAAGUACUGUGAAAAACUUUAACGAUUCGUCCAGUAGAUUUUGGUGGAUCGUGUUCACCGACUUUGAAAAUGGCAACUUUUCAUGAGAGCGUUUUAAAGUUUUGGACACCCAAAAAUCUAAUAUAAAACAGUCGGCGGACCUGCGUUCAACUGCCCAUAACUUUAGAAGUUUUACUCGGAUCGAUCUAAAAUUUUAACACAGUAUUUUUGAGAUGUUGUGCGUUCAGAAAAAAAUAAUAAAAAAAAUUCAAAAAAAAAAAAUUUAAGUACUAUACCCCCCUCUUAAUUAAACGCUUCAUAGGUAAAAAUAAUAUACGAGUUGUAAAAUAGAAUUUUAAUGAGCAAUUAGUUACAAUAAGUUGUUUAAUUAUUGCAAUAAAUUGUAUUACCUGGCAACGUUAAAUUAUUAUUAAGUUAAAGAGUAAAAUUUAAGGGGAUUGUACAACACACAGACAAAGCGUUCCCGUUUUUAUAAUCUAUGAACAUAACCAUGUUUUUGUUACUGCUAGUUCAACAUUUUUAAUAAUAAAUUUUACCUAAGUUAAAGUUCGAAAACAUAAAGUAAAAAAAAUAAUAACCACCAACAUUUCAACAGGUACAAGUUUAUUUAAUAUACAUCAUAUCAUUGUAUUGCCCAUAAAAACAAUGCAAAAAUAGUCAUUUGUUAAGUAGUUAAUUUAGGUCUGGUAUUUAUACACAUAUACAUAUACAUAUACCAUUUCAUACAGCCUAAGUAUCAAUCAAUAGGGAAAUCUCUUGAUUUUUUUGAUGAAGUUAAGAGGAGCGAGUCUAUAAACUGGGAGAGAUAACAACAACAAAAAUCAAUAAAAACAACUUCCAAACAUUUUUGAA